CGCCGCCUCCGCGGCCAAUGCCGCCGUCUCCUACGACCACCGCUCCCUCGUCAUCAACGGCCGCCGCCGCAUCCUCAUCUCCGGCUCCAUCCACUACCCAAGAAGCACACCCGAGAUGUGGCCGGGGCUCAUCCAGAAGGCCAAGGACGGCGGCCUCGACGUCAUCCAGACCUACGUCUUCUGGAACGGACACGAGCCGGUCAAGGGCCAGUACUACUUCAGCGACCGGUACGACCUGGUCCGGUUCGUGAAGCUGGCGAACCAGGCCGGCCUCUACGUCCACCUCCGCAUCGGCCCCUAUGUCUGCGCCGAGUGGAACUUUGGUGGAUUUCCUGUUUGGCUCAAGUAUGUGCCUGGCAUCAGCUUCAGGACUGACAAUGGCCCGUUCAAGGCUGAGAUGCAGAGAUUUGUCGAGAAGAUCGUGUCGAUGAUGAAAUCCGAGAAGCUAUUCGAAUGGCAGGGCGGUCCGAUCAUCAUGUCUCAGGUGGAGAACGAGUUCGGGCCGAUGGAGUCUGUCGGGGGCAGCGGUGCCAAGCCGUAUGCGAAUUGGGCUGCCAAGAUGGCUGUCGCGACCAACACCGGUGUGCCGUGGGUGAUGUGCAAACAGGACGACGCCCCGGACCCCGUGAUUAACACUUGCAAUGGCUUCUACUGUGAUUACUUCACCCCAAAUAAUAAAAACAAGCCGACCAUGUGGACAGAGGCCUGGACCGGGUGGUUUACGUCGUUCGGAGGGGCAGUGCCUCACCGGCCAGUUGAGGACAUGGCCUUCGCCGUGGCAAGGUUCAUACAGAAAGGCGGCUCCUUCGUGAACUAUUACAUGUACCAUGGAGGAACCAACUUUGGACGCACGGCAGGCGGUCCCUUCAUCGCAACCAGCUAUGAUUAUGAUGCCCCCAUUGACGAAUUUGGUUUGCUUAGGCAACCAAAAUGGGGUCACUUGAGGGACCUGCACAAGGCCAUCAAGCAGGCUGAGCCUGUGCUGGUUUCUGGCGAUCCGACGAUUCAGAAGCUGGGAAACUACGAGAAGGCCUAUGUCUACAAGUCAAAGAAUGGAGCUUGUGCUGCAUUCCUUUCAAACUACCACAUGAAUUCUGCGGUGAAAGUCAGGUUCAAUGGCAGGCACUAUGACCUCCCUGCUUGGUCCAUCAGCAUCCUCCCGGACUGCAAAACCGCGGUUUUCAACACUGCCACGGUGAAAGGGCCAACACUGCUGCCAAAGAUGCAUCCGGUGGUGCGGUUCGCUUGGCAGUCGUACAACGAGGACACAAACUCACUGGAUGACAGCGCGUUCACCAAGGAUGGCCUGGUUGAGCAGCUGAGCAUGACAUGGGACAAGUCGGACUACCUGUGGUACACCACACACGUUAACAUUGGUCCCAAUGAGCUCCCGAAGAAUGGCCAGUGGCCUCAGCUCACCAUCAUGUCAGCUGGCCACUCGAUGCAGAUUUUCGUCAAUGGACAAUCAUAUGGUUCUGUUUACGGCGGUUAUGAGAACCCGAAGCUCACAUAUGAUGGACAUGUGAAGAUGUGGCAAGGGAGCAACAAGAUCUCGAUCCUGAGUUCAGCAGUUGGGCUUCCUAAUGUCGGGAACCAUUUCGAGAGGUGGAACGUCGGCGUGCUCGGACCGGUGACCCUCUCGGGACUAAACGGGGGAAAGAGAGACCUGAGCCAUCAGAAAUGGACAUAUCAGGUUGGCCUGAGAGGUGAAUCGCUGGGUCUCCACACCGAAGCCGGAAGCUCCGCCGUGGAGUGGGGCGGUCCUGGUAACAAGCAGCCACUGACUUGGCACAAGGCAUUGUUCAACGCGCCGGCGGGGAGCGACCCGGUGGCGCUGGACAUGGGGAGCAUGGGCAAAGGUCAGAUGUGGGUGAACGGCCACAACGUCGGCCGGUACUGGUCCUACAAGGCCCCCUCCGGCGGCUGCGGCGGGUGCAGCUACGCCGGGACGUACCGCGAGGGCAAGUGCCGCUCCAACUGCGGCGAGCCGUCCCAGAGAUGGUACCACGUGCCGCGGUCGUGGCUGAAGCCGGGCGGCAACCUGCUGGUGGUGCUGGAGGAGUACGGCGGCGACCUCGCCGGCGUCGCCCUGGCCACGAGAACUACAUGAUCGAGCGACUACACAAUUCAGAAAAGAUAUCCUGCUGAUUGAUUCAUUUCAUACAACUACAAUGCUGCCGUGAACAUGUGACCUGUUCACGCGGUGCUCGCCGACGGUAUUUUACACACAAUACGCUGUACACGCACAGGCUGUGCUACAGAUGUGGUAGUAGAGGUAGAGAGGGAUCCAGUCAGGGAUUAUUAUUGUAGAGGGCAGCGGAGGUCGUUGGUUGGUUGCGGCCAUCAGUGCGGCUGCAAGAAGACGGCAGGCACAUGUGCAGUGUGCUUGCAAUCAAUCAGGCAGCAAGCCAGCCCAUUCUUUUGUUUCUUCACGUGACCCCGGAAAUACUUACUAUAGCUACUGCACCACCAUAGUAGAUCAGGUAUUUAAUUGUUUGUCACCGCUCGUGACAGCUUUUGUGUACUGCUGCAUUUGCAACAUUUGGGUUGCAGAUGUGGUCAGAU